AUGUACCCGGAAAUAUUCGAUCCGGCCAAGUUUCUGCAGCGUCCGUUGCCGCUGAAAAGUGCCGUUGAGAGUCGAGCCGUUCCGGAGCCGGAAUAUUUUUCGGGCGGCGGGUUUAAGGACGGCGAGGUUGGCUUUGUGCGUUCGAACAGCGAGUCGGGCAAGGGUGGCUUCCGGCACAAGGAGAACUUUCACCGCAAGGAUGGAAACAAGUACGGGCACGAGCGGCAGACGGGAUUUGGCGAGUCGAAGCGUACCGGGGACGAGCUGGCGAAAGAGCAGGGCAGGCUAACGGUGGACACGCACCACUACCGCCCCGAACCGACGUACGAAGUGUUCGAGGAGCAAAGUGAUGUGGAAAACCCGGACAAACACAAAAAGUACGGUCUCGCCGGUGGCAAGGACAAGAAAAAGCCCACCGAGAUGAAGCCGACCAAAUCGUCGCGGCAAACGGUCGCGGCCGGCCCGAAGGCAAAGGGACGCUCCAAUGCGAAGAAAAACCACACCGGCUACGAAUCGAUCGUGUACCAUGAGAACGAGCGGGACAGCAGCGAGCAUGGGUACGGGAAGAAGCAGGCGGUCGGGCAGCUUCCACAGCCCGAGGAGAAGAGUCCGGCCAAACAGAUUGCCCACGACGAUGGGUUCGAUGAGGGCGAGGGUGGAUCGGACGCUGGUCGGGAUUCGGAUUUCAACGAUAGUUAUGACGCGUUGCGGUUCGAUAGCGACUUUGAGCGGUCGUUUAGUAGUGAGGAGGACGAGGAGGACGGCGUGGAGGAGGAGAAUGGUGGUCGGCAGGCUGGGAAGAAAGGGGAAGACGACUACGAUGAGGGAGACGAGGGGGAUGAUGACGACGAUGGAGCCAGCCAGGACAAGUACCGGGGAGAUGAUUACGAUGACGAGGACGAAGAAUCGGACGGUUCGGAAAAGGGAGAGGACGAUCGGCAGUACGAGUACGCCAGCGAGGCGGAUGGUGAUGCGCAAGAUUACUGAACAAAUGGGGGUAAACGGGAUGGAAUGUGCUGUAGGUGAUUAAGAUUAAGAGCAGAGAACAACGAUAUCGGUAGGAAGCUGCUGUUAGGGCUGUAGUUAACGAGAUACCUCGAACCGAAGUGCAAAUAUGUCGUAAUAA